AUGCCUACGAAUUCGUCAGAAAUCAACUGGUCGGAAAUGCCUUCCCCACUGCCAACAAAUUUAUUCGAGAAAUACACACAUCAAUCAUGCCCUCCACCUAUUCAAUCUUUAGGUAUUGAUGAAGUACUCUGGUCACAAAGUCGUUCAUUGGCAUUAAAUCUUCGUAAACAGGGUUGUAUUGAUCCAAUAUCAAUCUUAUACACAUCAUUCAAACGUUACUAUUCACCAACGAUAAGCUUACAUUACUUUACACGAUGGUUAGUCUUAAAUGAUGAGAAUAAACGAGAUUUUCCUGUCAAUUCCUUACAAUAUUCGACAUACCACUCAGCAACUCAGCUAUGCAAAUUGUCACCUACAACGAAACCAUUGGAAUUUACUCAGUCACUAGACAGUAUCGAACAAGUCUGGUUUCUUUUCUCAAUUUCCAUGCUCGUGCCGAUCAGUGGCUCAACAUUAAUCCCAGAAAUUUCAACAUUGGACAACGAUGUCACACGUGUGUCUAUCAAUACCAAGAGAACGACAGCAUCUCGUUUGCACUGCAUUUUCGCCAUGACACCCAGUGGAAAGUACUCGAAUCAAAUGAUCAUUUACAAGCCAGGACGGCAUAUGAAAGUCAAUACAGCAUCAUCACCAUGUACACGAAUUAUUGAAUCAAAUAAUGGAGAUUUAACAUGUGAACAUAUUCAACAGUGGUUGGACGAAUUUCUUUCAUCGUCACAACUAAUCAAGAAUAGUGCCUUGAUCAUCGAUCCACGUACAACUCUUAUCACAUUAGACUUUCAACGAGCAUGUGAAAAUGCCAGUGUGCAAUUGAUGACAACCGAUGUCGAUGCAUACAAUACAUAUGUCUUAGUACCAAUUUUUACUUUAUUCGAUAAACUAUGGUCGAGAGCGAAUCGCAUCAACAAAAUGUUCUUGAGAUCAGCUGCAAAUCUGCAAUAUAUCGUUUAUCUCUUGUGGUUCACACUUCGAACACUCAAACAGGACGAUCAGUUAUGCAAAUUAUUCAGUCAAACGAUUUUAUGGAAAACAAAUGAUCAAGCAUAUGUACAAUCGCUACAACCAUCGGUGCAAAACUCUUUGCCUAAAAAGAAAAAGAAGAAGAUCUUUACAAAAGCAGGCAAGACCUUUGUAACAUGA